GGAUUAUAUCGUUACCCCCCUUGAAUAAUAUUCUUUCCGACCCUGUACAUGGACAUAUUAUUUUCAUAUAGGAAAUAAUUUUUCUGGUGGAGUAUUUAAAUGUGUUCGUAAAAUAUCAUUAUAUGAUGAACGUCCAUUUGAACAUGAAUUUUUUCUUCGAAUUCAGAAAUUAUUUCCAUUUAUUGAGGAAUUAAGUUUACAUAAUAUGGAACCACCUGAGAAUGUUAAUGAACCAUGGUCAAUCAUAGAAUAUUCUCACCUAACUCUACUUUAUUUUUUUCAAGUUCAUGAAACUUAUGUCAAACAAUUUUUGAAUAAUACUAAAACUUAUAAACCACUAGCUCUUUCUUAUUUGAUGGCUCUCUCCGGUGCUGAGAGAGCCCGACGUUGUCGAGAGAAAAAGAAAGCAGCAGGUUUACACAAAUUAAUAAAACAACAAGAUUGUGAACGUAAACGACUUGCUCGUUCAAAAAUGCCACCAGCUAAAUUAAAAAAAUUACGUUUACGUCAACAAACUAAUCUUCGAAAAUUUCGUUCAAAAUCAAAAUUAAAUCCAACUCGACCAUCACCACCUGAAUCAUCAUUUCGAACGAAACAAUCUAAAUCUAAGGCUUUGAACAGAAUUUUAAAUGCUUUGCCCGCAAACAAAGACAAACAGUUUGAAUUGAUCAAAGAAAUUGCUGCAAAUUUGAACAUUGUUAAAUUAGAAAAAAAAUUUGAACGUAAUCAACAAUCAUUAUCAACAGAUGUAAAACAACGAGUAUAUGAUUAUUAUUUUCGUGAUGACAUAAGUUUUCAAGCACCCGGUAAACGAGAUUCAAUUACAAUUAGAGAAAAUGGUGAGAAGAAAAAAUUACAAAAACGUUAUUUAUUAUAUUCAUUAAAUGAAGCUUAUCAAUUGUUUGCUGAAGAAAAUCCACAAGCUGUGAUUAGUUGCUCAAGUUUUAAAAAUUUACGACCAUGCAAUGUUUUAUAUAAAUCAGCAACACCACACAAUCUUUGUUUAUGUAUUUACCACGAGAAUAUAUCUCUUCUCUUACAAGCAAUUGAUGAACGUAUUCAUGGCAUUAAAUCGAUUGAUUUGAACUCAUUUAUUAAAUUGCUAGUUUGUGAUGAUAGUCAAGAAUUAUGUAUGUUUAGCAAUUGUAGUCAAUGUUCGAAUAACUUUAAAAUGAAAAUUCAAGAUCAAAUUAUUGAUCUAUUUGUAAUUAUUAAAUGGUCGUUAUGGUCAACAUCAAAAGAAGGUCGAACAGUUAAAAUUGAUUAUGAAGGAACAGUUCAAAAUUGUAUUAAUAUUUUACAAACUAAAAUCAAUCCUUUUUUAUUUCAUGUCUUUAUUAAAAGACAACAAUCGAAUUUUUUUGAAAUGUUGAAGAAAGAUGUUACUGACAAAAAAUGUUUACUUCAAGUCGAUUAUGCUGAAAAUUAUUCUAUUAUCGAACAAAACGAAAUACAAAGUGCUCACUGGAGCCGAAAGCAAUUAUCGAUUUUCACUGCACACGUUUGGUCUCAAUCAAAAACAUAUCCAUUAGCAAUAAUAUCUGAUGAUUCAUCACACGACAAAUACACCGUUGCAAAAUGUCUUGAACAUUUAUUCAAUCGUUUAAAAGUAUUAUUACCUUCAAUGGAAGAGUUAAUAAUUUUUAGUGAUGUGGAUGGCAUUGGUGGAUCAGUGAAAAGAAUGGUAUAUCAAGACGUACUGGUUGGUAAACGAUGCAGAAAUGCAAAUGAUUUUUUACAUCUAAUUGAACAAAAAAAUACUUCAUUUGUAAUCGAUGAAUUAUCACCAGAUGAAAUUGAACAUGGUCGUGAUGGUCUUGGAUUAAUUUUUAAUCAAGUGAAGGCAGUACCAAAUAUCCAAAAAGUACAUUCAAUGACUGUUAUAGAUAUUCAUAAAAUUGAAUGUAAAAUUUAUUCUUAUAGUGAUAAAAAAACAAUAGUAAAUUUUUAA